AAUCGCUCUCUCUUCAUGUUAUUAUACUUGUUGCGCUUUUCUUAAGCUACGAGAGGUUAUGCUGCUUGUUAAAGCGUCUUCCACCUAACCUUCCUCAGAAUUUAAAUAAUACAGCUGUAACUUGCCAAUACAGUAGCUAACCUGUCAAAGUUCUACUGUCAAAACUUUGCUUUACGAAUAAAAAAUACGAAUAAAUUAGUCAAAAUGGCAGAAAAUUUGAACAAUCCAUAUGAUAUUAAUGGACAGCACUUUAAUCCUGAUAUGUAUUUCCAAAAAUUAUUAAAAGAGUGUACAUUAAAACAAAUUAUGGAUCACGAAGCAGAAAUCAUAAAAAAUACUCAAAUUUUACAUUCUGAUAUGCAAACUCUAGUAUAUGAAAAUUAUAAUAAAUUUAUAUCUGCUACAGAUACUAUCAGGAAGAUGAAAACAGAUUUUAAGAAAAUGGAAGAUAGUAUGAAUUUACUGGCGAAAAACAUGGACAGUAUCACUUCUUUUUCAGAACAGAUUUCAUCAACAUUACAGGGUACUAGACAACAGAUUGCCAAAUUAUCUUCAGUUCAUACACUGUUAAAAAAGUUGCAAUUCCUCUUUAAAUUGCCUGGCAAUUUAAAAGAUAAAAUAAAUGAAGAGAAUUAUGCACAGGCAGUACAAGAUUAUAUUCAUGCACAACGUGUAUUGAAUCAGUAUGGUAAUAUGCCUUCCUUUCAAGGAAUACAAAAAGAUUGUGAGGAUAUUGUAGAGGAACUCAAGUCAAGGCUGAGAAUGCAAUUUCAUAAAAGAGAUGUAUCAACUGUAUCUUUAGCUGAAAAUGUAGAUCUUUUGCUACAGCUAAAAGAACCAGCUGAUUCUUUGUGUGCCGAAUUUUUAACACAUGCAGAUGGAAGAUUAGUUGAACAACUAGAUGCUCUAAAAGAUAUGUAUGAAAAUGAUAUCAUAGAAUUUGUAGAUAUGACUAGUUCAGGAUUUCUAAGUGACUUAUGUUUGAUCAUUGCAUCGUACAAUGACAUGUUUAUAAAUCAGCCACCAUCAGAAGAUAAUGAAUUUACUGAUGAUUUUGAUGCAAAAGCCAUCACACGUUCGAAUAACUUUAUCAUGAAAAAUAUGAAAAAAUAUUUUGAUUUAAUUAGUAAGAGAGUAGAAAGUGUAGCUGAUACAGCUAUUUUAGUAAAAGCAUUAGAUAAAUUCCAUAGAAGACUGCAAGCAAUGAAUAUGUUGUGUAAAGAUACAGACUUUGCAAGAACAGGUACCAAUAUCGUUAUUAACGUGGGUAGAAAACAAUGUCGCAAUCAUUUAGACAAUUUAAAGUCUCAUUUAAGUGAAACACUUGUUAAAGUGAGACAAAUAUUGACAACCAAAGCUUCUCAGGACGGAGAUAAUAGUUUAGCAGAACUUCAGGCAUUACUGAUAAUACCUACUAUAGAAAAAAUUAAAGGAGUUUUGCAGGAUUUAUUGGUAUUUUUGCAACCGGAUCUGUCCUUUAGUUUAAAAACGCAAUUCCUGCAAAAUUUCUGUGUGGAUGAAGUUAGGGAAGGCCUAGUAGUUGGAUUUUUACAUCAUUUAGUGAUCACUGCAAGUGAAUUUUUUACCGGCUCUGAUAUUCCAAAAUUCCCACCCACUCUGUUACUUUUAUUGAGCAAAAUGUGCAUCGAGUACAAAGAAAAUAAUGUCAAAUAUUUGCUUACUACUACUGAUAAUUUAUUCAACAUCGAACAGUACACAUCAUCUGGAAACGUUAUUACAACUGAAGCAGAGAUUUGCGACAAAUUCCAAGAAGCAGCGCAAAAUUUAUUGAACCAUUACGUUCGCAUUCAAGGUUUAGCAGUAUCGCAAAUGUUAAGAAAAUCCGUCGAAACGAGAGAUUGGUUGCAUACGAUCGAGCCAAGAACCGUUAGAGCUGUAAUGAAGAGGGUCGUAGAAGAUGUGACGUUAAUCGACACUCAAGUGGCUGCAUUAUACGACGAUUCUGAUGGUCAAGUCGACAGAAGUAGCGACAGCAGUAGAAAAACCCAUAGCGUGAGUGUGUCGAGACAUCACUAUAGAUCAAGCUGGUCGUCGUACACACCCAAUCAUAUGGAUUCGUCAUUGGUGACGAAUAUUCAUAAGUUAUUUUCGGAACGUAUAGAAAUAUUUUCCUCGGUUCAAUUCAAUAAAGCCUCGAUACUUACGGGGAUUAUCAAAAUAAGUUUAAAGACUUUCCUGGAAUGCGUAAGAUUACGAACGUUCAGUAAAUAUGGUCUGCAACAAAUCCAAGUUGACACGCAUUAUCUACAACUGUAUCUAUGGAGAUUUGUUUCAGAUGAAAAUGUUGUCCAUUUCCUAUUAGACGAGAUACUUGGAAGUGCUGUGCACAGAUGUCUAGAACCAGUCUUAAUGGAACCAAGCGUUGUAGAUAUUAUUUGUGAAAGAGGAUGAAUAAAUUAUAGAUAGAAGAGGAAUGCUGAUAUUGUUAUUUCGACUGGCAUACUGUACAGUCUUUUCUAGCAUUAUGUAUAUCUUGUAUUAUUGUUUGUAAAAAUGAGUAAAUAUUAUGAUACAAAUGAUUCAUAAUAUCGUGUAUAUUCUUAUAUAUUUUAUCAUUAACACUGUACAUUCCACGAAUAAAUUUAACGACGAACCGCAAAAAAUGACCUAUCUCUUUUAUCUAAUUAUCUCUCUAUCCUUUUAUUCGUUUCGUAUGACCGCCCACGCAGAUCGAAUACUACAGGGUCUGAUCGUGUCAAAGUACUACAAUUCAAGUAGCGCGAUGUACGACAUACUUUUAUGUCUUUCCUUCUCUAUCGAUUCAGCGAUACGAUCUCUCGUCUUCUUUCCUUUAUGUCCCCCCACCUAUCCGGCAUAAAAUAAACUCAUUAAAGUCUUAAUACUCUGUAAGAAGCAGGGUCAAAUGAUUCUAAUAAGUCUUAAUUCUCUGUUACAUUCUACACUUUUGAACUUUAAAUUUCAUCGAUCGUUUAAUUUUUGUUAUACAAAUUUGCCACCAAUCACACUCAGAUACAAAGAAUAAAUAGGACAAAAGUUUAUAGUAUGUGGCUCUAUCGUAUACCAGCGAAAUUUUAAUUCUCUAUUAUAUUUUUCACCUUUAAACUUUAUAAGUACUAUACCGUGGAUGCACAUAAUAUGUACAGAUAUAUAAAAUAUUGGAAAUAUAAUAUUUAGUUGACGAAACAAAUCCUUAUUUAACUUCCCAGGUUAAAAAUAUGAAUUUCCAUAAACAUCCGUAAUCUACUGUAAAUUUUAUCAACCACUUUAUCAUUUUUAUAAUAUACCAAUUUAACAUCGAUUUAGAGUACUUGAAAUUUGUUGUUAUUGGAACGACAUUUUUCCAUCGACGACUGUCGUGUAUGACGCAUAAAUGUGCAAAGAAUAAAUGGGACAAGAGCUUAUAGUAUAUGGGGUUCUGCCGUACCCCCUUGGCAGUGGCUCGAGUUAAUUCGAACUUCCUCUCGUUGGAUGAGAUUCAUUCUCCGAGUAUCCGGCGUAGGCCUACGCACAGCAUUCUACCCAAUUUAAUAAACUCUUCUAAAUUACUCGGCCGGGGCCAUUCCCUCGUUCAAUCAUGAAUUUCCAUGGAAAUUCAGGGAAAAUUCACUAAAUUUCACUCAGACGCUUGCCAAAUCCAAUCUCAAGUCGAAAGUCCGAUAUAAUAUUUCAAAUUCAAAACUACUCUGUAUGUUUGUUACUAUUAAAUCUUAUGUUCCGAAUGUUUACAUUGUAAUACAUUUAAUUUAGAAUUCCGUUAAUAAAUUGAGAGAUUCGAAAGUUCUAUUUUGCUCUAGGUUGAAUAAAAUAUAUUUUCUCUUGCGAGAAGCAGUACGGUAUCAUUUUAGAGUCAUAUGUGGCACACGUGAUUUCAGGAAACACCUGUGCACGUGUGUCUUCUGUACGCUACGAAGUGUAUUUUCGAUGGCACGCUCAUUCCACCUUAAAUCGUUAUACAGGCAUUGAUGAGCAACGAAACUGUGUAUAAUUGUGCUUCUGUAUUAAAGAAACUUAGGAAGAAUAAACUAAAACGAAGUGCCAUAAACCAAAACAGAGAUCUCUGAUCGUAAAUUUGAAGACGCACGAAGAAUAGCCAUUAAACCAUGUUUUAUUUAAAUCUCACGGGACACGAGGCUAGUCUAAUCGAUGAACAAUGGAUCGGCAUCGACGAAAAAAAAGACUACGUAACAGGGAUUGUAUACUAAUAAAAGGCAGAGACGACGAUUAUCACGAAAUGACCAAACUAUUCCCAAGUGCAAGCUGACGGUUGUACAGGAGCACAUUCUGCGGCAUAGGGGCACACCGCGUGCACACAUUAAUCAACAAGCUGUCCUUUUCCUCCAUUAAACUCUAUACGGCCAUCGUCAUUCUUCGUCAAUUUGCACGACUGGACCUACUCACGGUCCUUCGAUCAAUUAGUAAUUGCUCUACUAACGAUACGAUUUCCAAACCUUGAUAUUUGUAUAGACAUAGAUAGUACCAACAAUGAAAACAACCGAAAAUGUUGGUUACCGAUGAUUCACACUAUGACCAACUAUUUGAACUGAUAAAUCUAUUCGAAGUUGUCUUCAUACAUACUUUGCAUAAGCGAUAAUAUUUAAAGUAAUGUUGUGAGAACGACGCAUGUAUAUACAAUUUACACAGCGUUGUCGCAUAUAUGUAUUUUAACCUUGCUGCAUUUUUGAGCCAACGAAUCGUAUUUUUCUAUUACUAGAAUAUUUCUUUAAAAAGGAGCUAUAUAUAAAAAUAAUUGCUUCCAAUGUGACCGCUUUAAAAUACUCAUAUAAAAGAAAACCGCUACUGUCACGUAUGAUUUCCCGUUUCAAUUGUAUACUAAUAGUUUUCUUAAAGCAUUAAAAAUUCCUUUCUCUAAAGUGAAAUUGGAAAAUCAAAAUUAAAGGUAUAGGCAAAGACCAAAAUUAAGUGAGGUUAAAAAGUAAAAAGCUCGAGAAUCGCAGCAGGGUUGAGUUAAAGAGUUUGAAAUAAAAAUAUGAUGAUUCUUUCAGGUAAGAGUGGUUAAGGGCGAAGAUAUUUCGACUUGUGACCGUAACAACGGGCGGGAAAAGAACACACUCGUUGUCAUGUUCGCAAAUUAAGCUAUCUUCCCGACAGGUGCCUCGAAACGCACGAAGUUGCAUCUAUAUAUGUAUCGAGAUGAUCUAUUAUAUGUAUGAUUCUCUUUAUAAAAAGCAGACGAGUUCCCUCAAUUUGGAGGUAAACUCGAAAGAAAAUUUACACAUAACGAGAUAGGACAAAUCGUCUGAGUAAUGACCAUGGAAAAUUCGAACUUUAAUCCCAUUUAGACGUAUAUAUUUGGGUCUGCAUUUCGUCUAACGCAGUCAGCAGGCAAUUGUCGAGGACACAAGAGCUAGAGAGAGGCUACCACGUUACCUUAAUGUGCUGAUCUGUCUGUUAAGUAGUAGUGCCGUAGAUGAUGAUUUAGAAAUUCACCUCGGCACGAUUACUUUUCACACAGAAAUGCCAUAAUUUCGAUGGGUACAUACAUCGUAUAAUCGUGAUUAAGUUCAAUUUAUUCGAUAUUUCAAAAAUAAUAGCAGUAAAUUAAUGUUGAAUCCACUUACGAAUUGUUUAAAAAUGUUCUACCAUCUUGAAUAUUUCGUUAUGGUAGUCCUGGAAAUUUCAAAUAUAUUUCACUCUGCUUGUAAUUCACGGUAAGUUUCUAAACGCGUCACAAUCGUUAAAUGAAUUGUUAUUACGAUAUUAAACGACUCAUUCUAUAUAUAAAGCCACUUAUUCCACUUAUAAAAUUAAAAUAUAUCCGGAAAACGAAUAAUCGUAGCGCGGGAAAUCUCACCACCAAAAAUAUACUUACUAAACCGGAAGGGAGCCUCUCGACCAAUCAACGUCUCGGACGCUUCAUCACCCGUGCCCGCGAUUCUCAACUGCCACCACGAAAGUCAUACCAAAAUUUAUAAAGAAAUGUAUAUUCGUUUUACUUUAUAAAUGAAUAAAAAAUUAUAAAUUAAUCAUAUUGCAAAUUAAUUUUUGCGUUCUUUAAUGCAUUUCUUAAAUCCUUAGAUUACUUUUAUUAUAUUAUUAAACAGGCUUUCCAUCGCGUCUCACGACUUACGUAGUUAUUCAAAAUAUAAUCAUCAAAAAAUAAAAUCUUAUUCCAUAAAAGAAUAAAAGUUUUUAACAUUAUUUAAUAUUACUUUAUAUCUUAAAUAAUUCCCUGCCCUCGCAGCGACUCUCGUUUUAAAAGUAUAUAUAUAUAUUCUUUUUAUCAAAUUUAUCGUUGAACGUAUCUUUUAUUCUAUAUAAAGAGUCUCAUUUUACGUUACCACAUUUCCGUGGUAGAUUUCAAUUUCCGUUUACCGACAAUUCCGUAUCAAAUGGUUCAUAUCUCGAACAUAUGUGUAAUUCGAUCAGUAAGUAAAGGUUGAAAAGCACUGUUACAGAGAGGUUGUGUCAUCAGCCGCGCGAUUCAAAUCGUGCGCCAAGGCAAGGCAAUAAGGAUUUGGUGAGCCGGUGAAUGGUUUGAUAAAACAAGCGGUGGAAGGCAGGCACAGGGGAGAACGCACAUUGCCCGUCGGUUGGCGGACCAUUCAGUGACGCGAUUCUUCACUGUCCGGCACUGAUUUCAAUUGGUAAAUUGAUUUGGAACGAUGGCGAGAGAGAAAAAAAAAGAGAAAACGACGGGGUUAGACGGGGAGACACUUCGGAUGAGGCCAUAACAUAUAGAAGAUGAUAAAGAAAGAACCAUACACCACCACCGUGACUAGGUGUAUCGUCACACAGUGCAGAAAACCAUGGCGGUAGCAGUGGCAGUGCCUCUCUUGCGAACCGUUAAUAGGUACUGAACGCUGGUUGAAUGCUUAAUGCACCGUGCUUCUAGGAUUAAAUUGACCAAUCAUUUCCCGCGCGGCAAGGAGCGGCCAAUUACAGCGCUCGUCCGACUAUAUUAAGCCAAUCAAGAACAGUUUAUCGCUCAGUCGUCAGUCUGCAGUUGUGAUGCAUGUGUCGUGCGCGUGUUUUUUCGCCUCUUCCCAAACAAUUCUUAAUUCGUGAAACAAACGAAUCGCGUGAGAAAAAGAUGAACGUUUGUCAUGAAUUACUAGUUCUCCAUUCUUUAACAAUCGUUCAGUGAUUUAGAUCGCGAUACUUCCAUUUAUCCUUUUUGGCGCGGCGGAUCUUUGCAAAUGUUUGAAAUCACCAAACCAAACGAAGUCGAAGUCUCAUUGUCAGUUUGUUCAAUCGAAUUUGGAAUUUUUCGUUAUUUAUAGUUAUUCGACGAGCGUGCGGGAAGAAAACUGUGUACAAAACGCAAGAGAAGCACGUGACAAAGCUUGAAACGAUAUAAAUUUUAUUGUACACGUUCCAUUUAUGAUAAAGCUUAUUUAUUUCUAGUGACGGUUCGUAUUUCGAUCCUUCGAGAUCGUUUCUUGUGAUUACCGUGUAUUUAUCUCCUCGUCGACUUUUCAUUAAUCGAUUGAAUUUGAGAUAGUUCGAUACCCUUCUCGGAAUCCGUUCGAAACGGCAGUGUAGUGUUACCGAAAGAUUUCGGCAAUAUGAGAUUAGAAGAUUCUAACGAACAUCGGAUCAUUCCGAAGAAUUGACCACGCCAGGUUGUUGCAUUAAUAAGUGCAAAAGAACGCAUCAAUGAACACUAGUGUCAAAUAGAAGUUAAGAGGUCAUGAGAUUUCCUCCAAUUGUUCAGUCAAGUUAAACACGAUUUCUUUGAACAUCGCGUAGUCAAGUAAUACAUACGUACAUAUACUUUUUAUAUGAAAAUUAAAAUGCGUUUUACCAUUAAAUAGAAUUAGGAAUCACUGGUUUGCAAUAUAAUAUAUUAUAUUUUACAGCUUUACAUGGAAUAUCAUUGUAUCUCGUAAAAGCUUUCGAGUAACACCGAUCACGUGCUUCACGCCGUAGGGAAUUGAUUGUCCAGCGUAAUGAGGAUCCGAUUGUUUUAGAUAUAUAUGUACAUAAGAGAAACAUUAUUCUUAUUUUCCUCACAAAUACAUUCACGAUCUCACGCAAACAAGAUUAACUCCUAACCGCUAAAACCACAUCCGAUAAGUAUUCCUCUAUUAAUAUAUGGUUUUACGAGAAACGCUUUCUAAUCUAAUAAAAAUUCAUCUACAUAGUUGACCGAUCGGCUUAUCUUCUUUCGAUUGUCCAAUGAAACCUGGAAAUCCUAACAGAUGCGCGAUCCCCCUAGGUCUUUUCUCUCUCUCUCUCUCUCUCUCUCUCUCUCUCUCUCUCUCUCUCUCUCUCUCUCUCUUUCUCCCUUUCUCUCUCUCUUUAUCCGCGAAUUGGAUAAACUUCUUCGGAACAUAUUUUUCGCGCUCGGCUUACAACAUCCGAGAAACGAGAUCACAUGUGACCACACGCAUAAUAACGUCACAAAGUAUCGUUUCAACCUGACACCCGGUGAAACCUCGAGAACAGAAGUCUCGAGAAGAAGUGAGGAGAAAAAGAAGACCGAUGCGAUAUGCCCCGCGUAACAAUCGCGGAAACGAUAAAAGAGACGAAAUGUUCUGCGAAAACAAGCGAUUCUCUCGUAUUGUCGAGCGUGUGUUAGAGGCACGACGACUUUGGUGUCUAACAGAUUGGGAGGAAACGUAAUUGGAGACAUUUUGUUAUUCUGAAAAUGUAAUGGCACGCAGCGUGCGUGGUUAGGCUUUAUCGUCGCGACUUCUUGACCCCUCUCGAACGAUAGUAUAGAACACGAGAACCGGGAGCCUCGAAGAAAAUUAUCGAAUGCCUAGAAUCCAAAUAUCAAGACUUUAAAACACAAGAGGUUCCUUUAUAGGGCUUUAAUAAAAUAUUUCUUCGCUUCUUUCACAUUGUCAUAGUUUCUUUAUCUCGUUUAAAAAUGACGUAACUUCUAUGCAUCGAAAGUUGUAGCAGCACAAGCUACGGAAAAAUCGUAAAGUAUCUCGAUCUUAAUUCGAAACGCGCCGCUCUUAAAAUAGAACAUUUUUGGUCGCAGGGCUGAGACAGAAAUCACGCUUUCCGAGACUCCGCGAAUUUUUAUAAAGAACCGUCGCAGACUUUGCCACUUGAAGAGCAUUUCCCCUGUUCAUUUCUUAGAAUUUCUUCUCUGUUCAUCCACCCACAAUUUGUGCAUCGUAGCCUAAUAAGUUGACGAGUUAUUUCACGAAUACCCAGAGGGAGCCGACAUUAACAGAAAUUAGCGUUAAUUGGUGAUAUUCUCCUUUCCUCUUCGCUCCUCCCGUUUUUCUGUUAUCCCCUCCAUCCCAGUCGAUCUCGCGAUCUCUUUCCCUUUUCUAUGAAUCUCACACUAUUUCUGCAUAGUUUUGUUUAUGUUUUAUAGGUUUUUGUUCGUCUGCCUUUUCUCUUGUUCUAACCAUCUUCUUUUCUUGUAGCAUACUUUCUCAUUUGGCGCGUCUCAGCCGACGAAUAUCGAAAAAACAAUCCACUGAAACUACGCAUGUUGCGUGUGCAACAUGCGUUCGCGUCCAGCUGAAUCCGCAACGGCCGCAACAUCGAAAUAAUCCUCUUUGGCUUGUGGCCACUUUACAUUUUUAACUGUCUGGAACAAACGUCCUGCAUGUUCUUUUCGUUCUGCUUUUUCAAGUACUGAACUACUCGAAGAAAGACCGAUCAUUGUUCGAAUCGUUUUUCUAAGCUUCGAUAGUAUAUGAAUAUCUGCUCGAAGUUCUACAGAAGUUCCAUGGAAAAAAUCGUUCACCAACCUCGAAUCAUACCAUGGAGGCGAACGAUGAAUACGGUGUUUGAUGAAACGAGAAGCGUUAAGCAGGGUCGCGGGGCAGAGAAAUCAAAGAUUCGAUUGUAGACUCCCUCUCUCUAUCGUGCGUACACACAUUUCCGUGCGCGAUAUUACUUCCAAUCCUCAAGUUCUUUGCUUCGUUUUGUUCCCGAUUUCAUUCUCGAUUUUUUACAUAGAAACGGAAUUUUAUUAUACCGUGCGUAUUUUUUUUUUUUUUUUUUUUUUUGCAAUUUCCAAGGUCUACAAUGAUCUACCUUUCUAUUUUGCAAAAUAGAUUCACGGUAACCGAUCUAUUUUUUUAUUUUGUAGCAUAAGUUAUAUCUUAUACAUUUUGAAAAAGAUAUAUUUUACAUAAGAAUGUCCAGAGUGAUCAGUCUAUCUUUCUAUUUUGCAGUAUAAUUUAUAUGAAAAGAUUAGUAAAAUCUAAUUUACUCUACGGUGUUUCAAUCGUAACAAGGACACGUCAUAAUUGAAACUGUCAAUAGUGCGCUUGUGCAGUUCUAGGAUAUUCUUAGAAGCGUUUUUGGUAAUAAAAUAAAGAUAGAGUAGAAUAAAUUGUAUAUGGAAAGCAUAAAAAUUUUCGAGAUAGAAACAACAGAUCUUAAUGCAGAAUCGACGUUACGACGAGGAAACUCGAAAUUUUUUCGGAGACGAACAGAAGAAGAAAGAACAAAGAGGCUGAGAUAGUGGGCGACUUUAAUGACUACUCGAGGUCGCUUCAAUGAGUACCACUGUGUGUCAUCGCAUCAUUAUAGUAUAUACGAUAUAUAGUGUACGGUACCACGUCCGGACUAAUAAUUAUAACGUAUAUCUUAUUACUAUCAUUCGUGUAACUAUACAUUAUAUACUUUGAGAUUUUUUCUUCCCCUUUUUUAAAUUAAAUUUCUUGGAAUAAAUGUAACAUUAAGUAGAUAUAAUAAUAAAAUAGAUAUUUAUAUCUGAAGCAGGAAAAAACUUAAUAACUAGAUUGAAUAAGUAGAUAUAGAAAAUGUUGCAAACAAGGAUGUAUUUGUUUGUAAGAUGUAUUUCAUAAAUAGGCUAAUUCAAUUGACUUAAGAUUUCUAUCCGUUUCGUAAAAUGAUUGCAGUGUGCACGUAGUGAAUGUGUCAUGCAAUAUCUAUGAGCCGUAUUCUUCUGCCGAUUAUCUAAUCUUGCGUUAAAUUAUAAGGAAACGUGGGCACGUUAUAUUAAGACCUGCCUCGGCCUGCUUAAUUGUCUGUUAAUCGACGAAUUCAAUUUUCUUUUAAUCGCCUAAUUAUACAUUUAAAUUAAGGUUUCCUUUAAAACAAUUUGAAAUUAAAUAAAUGAAAUGAUUAAUUUUAUAUGAUAAUUUAUAGGGACCAUCAUUGCUUCAUCAAGAGGAUCGUCUAACUAUCGUAACAAUGGAAGGACUACGAUACAUCGGAAGUUAAUCCUGUCUUGUUCAUAAGUACUAGUGCCGCAGGAGUGACUAGGUUGGGUUAGAAAUUACCAUAUCUCCUGCUGCUCAAGUGCUUAUCAAUGGGUCCGGACUCACAUCUAUCUUUCGAAUCAUGCAUUGAAUGACUUAUUCAAAGUGAAAUUUCGCUGGCGACGUCUAAAUGUAUAUAAAGCAGUUAUUUGUGUAUACAAGUAUAAUAAUAAUAAUAAUAACAAC